GUCUGCAGUGCCUACGAGAGAAUCGGUACAGGCGUGCACCGCAGGCGCUUCCCCCAGGCUGCAACCCUGCAAGAUGGUUGGGGUACUCCUGCUGCUCCUCCUGUUCCCCCUUCUCCUGUACAUCGCCGCGCCCCAUAUCAGGAAAAUGCUUGCCAAUGGGGUGUGUGCAUCAACUGUGCAGCUUCCAGGGAAGGUAGUUGUGAUCACUGGAGCCAACACAGGCAUUGGAAAGGAGACGGCCAAGGAGCUGGCUCAAAGAGGAGCCCGUGUAUAUUUAGCUUGCCGAGAUGUGCAAAAGGGGGAGUUGGUGGCCAAAGAGAUCCAGAAUGUGACAGGGAACAAACAGGUGCUGGUGAGGAAACUGGACUUGGCUGAUACUAAAUCUAUUCGAUCCUUUGCUGAGGACUUCUUAGCAGAGGAAAAGCAUCUCCACAUUUUGAUCAACAAUGCAGGAGUGAUGAUGUGUCCCUACUCCAAGACAGCUGACGGCUUUGAAAUGCACAUAGGAGUCAACCACUUGGGCCACUUCCUCCUGACCCAUCUACUACUGGACAAGCUGAAGGAAUCCGCCCCAUCAAGGGUGGUGAAUGUGUCCUCCUUAGCCCAUCAUAUGGGGAGGAUCCACUUCCACAAUCUGCAGGGGCAAAGGUUCUAUAGUGCUGGCUUGGCAUACUGUCACAGCAAGUUGGCCAACAUUCUUUUUACCAAGGAACUGGCCCAAAGGCUAAAAGGCUCUGGCGUUACGGUGUAUUCUGUACACCCUGGCACGGUCCACACUGAACUGACCCGGCAUUCAUCUUUCUUACGAUGCGUGUGGUGGAUUUUGUCUGCCUUCAUCAAGACCCCUGAACAAGGAGCACAGACCAGCCUACACUGUGCCUUAACAGAAGGUCUGGAGAGUCUAAGUGGACAUCACUUCAGUGAUUGCCAGGUGGCAUGGGUUUCUCCCCAGGGUCGAAAUAUGACAACAGCAAGGCGGCUAUGGGAUGUCAGCUGUGACCUGCUAGGCCUCCCUAUGCACUGAUGGUUGGCUGGUGAUGAUUGGGCCUGAGAAGCUGACUUGCCAGAAUGAUUCUUCAGGGUGGCUAAAACUUUAUACAGAAAGAAAGAAAGAAAGAAAGAAAGAAAGAAAGAAAGAAAGAAAGAAAGACCUUUCAUCUUCGCCUGAUAUCUGAUUUAAAAAAAAAACAAAACAACCCUGUAUACUGCCGUAUUCAUCUAAAAAUGCCUUGCAUUUACUUUGCUCCAGUUACUGCCAGAGUUACUAGCAAUAUCAUAGGAAGACCCUCAUAUGACCUGCAAGCUCAUAUCUUCUGGAACCUAUGAGCCAGGAGAGAAUCUAAGCUCUGACACCGUUGAUUUAUGGCAAUUUGGACUAGUUUCUACUUUCUUUAUUCACAGUGUAGUUUCUCCCUAACAGCAAACCUUCUCUUUAAGAGGACCGCAUUGCAGCCUCAUCUGAGUUUCAAGGGUCAGAGUGGCUUGUCCCUUACCUCUUAAGAAAAUCAUCAUGAUGCAAUUUGUCAACAUCUAGGUUCCAUGAGGAAACUCUUAACGAAAUCUGGAUUGUGGCAUGGCUUUAGCUCUAAGGACCUGGAGCCACUGUUACUAUGACACUACUAUGUCUAAACCACAGAAGAGCUUCCUUUUCUAAAAAGUUUGUAGGGCUUGAGGGAAAAGUAGAAAUGAAAAUCUAGUUUAAACUCUCCCCACCCCCCCGUUAUUUCAGAAACCAGUGGGGAAAAAAAAAGAAAAGACUGGCCCCUGACUUCACUUACUACCUACCCCCCAACCCUGGCCCUGUGGAGGCCUCUUUUUUUGUGCCUUAGAGAACCAGAAGAACCAAGAGGAUAUUUGGCGAUUGUCACUGAUUAUUUUCAUGUGCACAUAUGCAACUGGGAGUAUUUUCAUGACAUUCAAAAUAGUCAUAGAGAAAGUAUUGAACAGGUCAAAUGAUUAAAGGUGGAGCAAGUCAGAGUCAUCCAGUCUGGUACAAACAGGUAGAGUUGCAGAGGGAAGUGGACUCUGUUUAUAUUAACUAUCCAUCAAGCAACACAAGCUUAGUAGGGAAGAAGUAAGAGAGGAGUGCUGGGAGAUUAUAUAUGCGAUGAAAGUGUGUGUUAGGAAGUUACGAUUUAAAAAAAAAAAAAACAACUAGAAGGAUAAUAUCCAGCUGUAAAGAAAAUGAGGGUGAACACCUGAGUUAGCGAGACAGGCACUAUCUAAGAGUCAAGCAGUGUGGCAGAGAAAGAAAGAAAAAGAAUCCCAUAUUUUUCCCCCUUAAGGACUGACAGGUAAUCGCAAUGAAUUUAAUCACCUUUCAGGGCACUCCUUAUCCUUAUAUUAUCUUGACAUGGCUAAAAUGUAUGCUUGACAAAGCGUACCUUACAUUUGAAGAACUUUGGUUGAAAGUAAUGCUACCAAAGGAGAUCUAAGGAAUUGGUAGUGAUCCUAUUACUUGUUUGGAAUGUUUUUUCUACUAGAGUUGGUGAUUUUCUUGGAAAUGUGUUAGAACAGUAGCAGAGUUACAGGUCCACAACACUCAUAUUUGUAAAUCUUUGGCUGAACUUGUUUUGACCAUUAAACUUUACAUUCAGAAAAAUAUCACUUUAUGAAAAUCUGGAAACUUUUGAUAAGAGUGCAGUAGAAUAACUGAACUAAUGUUUUAAUUUAUAUUGAAUUGUGAAUGACAAAUAAAAAUUUCUUUUGAUUA